CAGCGACAUCAUCGUUACAUGAUAUAUGGCAAAAAACAACGGUAUAUCGAAGUAUUUCAGUGCAGUGGGGACGAUAUGAAUUUGGUAUUGACAGGUGCAGUAACUCCACCAUCAACCAAGGCUCUACUAUCACCCGAGGGGCGAAAUCGCAAGUUGGUGCUACAUAUAUAUAAAACAUACGUAUAUAUCGUGUUACAAUGGUGCAGUGUCGAUUGCUGUUUGGUAGCGGGAUCUACAAAUACUAACUCCUGUGCUUCCAGGAGGCACGAUGUUGCCGCCGCCACCAGUAGCAAUAUUUCCACCCGCGGCUGCAAUGCUACCACGUGGACCACCACAAUUUGCAGCACAUUAUCCGCCUCCAAUUUUCUAUUGGCCUUAUCCUUCGCCACCAGUUAGUCCAACUAAUUAUUAUAAUCCAGCAAAUGUUGGUGGUAUUGCGGCGAUUCCUCAGCAAGCAGCUUUGUUAACUCCAGCCGAAUGUUUGCAAUUAGCACCAGGAGCGACUGUACCUGCUACAAAUACACCAACCGCAGAACCGCGCAUUGAAGCUUUUCUUCCACGAAUGGAUUUAGAAAAACGUGUUCCUGUUCCUGCACCUUCUCAAGCAGAAUGCAAUCCUUUCGUUGAAGUAUUUAUGGUUUGAUGAUCGUUUGAUCAAGAUUCGUAUGGAAAAUUCAUCUUAAAUAUUCUGCAGUACGUUCGAUCAUCGGCAGAAUUGAGUAUAUCUUUCAGCCUCGCACGACAGAAACUGCUUUCCUACUACUUGCAAAAAAAAAAAAAAAAAAACGUACGUAUAUACUUA